GGGUGUGGCCAAUAACGGGGGGGCGGGGGAAGAGGAUUCCGGUGCGCGCGCCCACGAGCUCCAGCGCUGGAGCCGCGGGUGGGCGUGAAAGGGAGGGAGCGGCGUCGCGAGAGCCGACUGCUGCCAGGCCAUGGAGAGGGGUCACGCGGGUCUGGGGCCGCGGGAGGGCUUGGCGCCGGAGGAGGAGCUCGAGCCCCCGGGAGCUGCGUGGAGCGGAGACAGCGGGAAUGUCUCCCAGAGCCACAGCAGCGCCUCCGGGCUCUGGGAGGAGGAAGAGGAGGAAGCAGCGACGACCGAGGAGGAGGAUGGCGGGCGGCGGCGGCCCGGGCGGGACCGCGAAGUCUCCGGCGACGCCGUCGGCUCGGACCUGCCUCUGCUCCGCCGCGCGGCCGCCGGCUACGCCGCCUACCUGCUGCCGGCGGCCGGAGAGGGAGGCGGCCCGGAGAUAGAAGCUUUAGACAGGAGUCUUGAGGACCUACUAACAAGAGUUGAUGAAUUUGUUGGGAUGCUAGAUAUGAUCCGAAGUGACUCCUCACAAGUAGUCAAUGAAAGUGUACCUCAUAUUCACACCAAAGCCACUGAAAUGAGUGAGAUAUAUAGAAAGAUUGACAAAUUGGAGGCCUUUGUUAAAAUGAUUGGAAAUUGUGUGACUAGAAUGGAGGAGCAGGUGACGAAAGCAGAAGCAGAACUUGGGACAUUCCCCAAUACAUUAAAGAAACUUUUGCACACAAUUAAUGUGCCAUCCUUCCUUAAUAAGUCAUAUUCUACAAGGCAACAACAAACUGUCUAUGAACCUCCUAUCCUUUUCAGGACAGAAGACUAUUUUCCUUGUUGCAAAGAAGGACCUCAGGCAUGAUAUUACACAAUACAACUACUUAGGAAAAGACUUGUAUCAAAGGAGUUCUUAUCUUGAAGAGAUUAUUAUACAUAUCUAUUAUUUAGUGUAUUUAAGGUUUUGUGUGUAUUCAACAAGAAAUAUUUUAAAACAAUAUUUUUCAUUUUGUGCAGAAUGCAUAGCUUCCCAUGUCUUCUAAUUCUAAAUGAAAAUCUGUUUAAAUGGGGGAGUAAAAUGAGUAAACAUUUCCUUAUAAUUAUCAAAAUUGCUACUUUUAUAUUUAUACCAUCCUUAUAUGUCAACAUUACGUUUUUUUAAGACUUAACCUUCACGAGGUCUUAAAGAAAAAACUACUGAAACAUUAAAAAGCAUUAUUUGUUGGCAUUCUUAAUGGUUGACAGUAUUCCUAUAGUUUAUUUUUUUAAUGAACUGUAAAUUAAUAUGAGUUAAGCUUUAUACAUUUUAAACUGUAAACUAUGCAAGACUACUGACUCAUUAAUUUUGAAAAUUAUAUUGAGACAGCUAUAGUCUCUAGUUUGUAAAUGACUGGGUAAACACUUUGACUUAUAAAUUAAUUUCAAUUAAAAUUGAAGACUUAUCUGCAUAGAUUUUCUCUUGAAUUGCUAUUGAGCAAGAACAUAGAAAACACUGUUUUUAUAGAAGUUAUGUUUUAUCUUGGAUACAGAUUUCUUUUUCCUCAAUGGAUAAUAAUAAAAUUUAAGAACUUCCAUAAAAGGUUUAUGUGAAAAAAAAUAUACAGCUUAACUCUUACCUAAUGUUUUAGCAAAAUCAUACAAUUCUUUCAAGUCAAAGGAUCAUAGAAACAUUAGAAAAUUAGAAACGACCAUGGAGGUCUGGUCCCCAAAUCUCCAAUGAAGAAACAAUUGUACCUGGCUUCAAAAUAGCUAAAGUCACAAGACUAGCUAGUAGAAGAUUUUUAUAUGAGCAGAAGGGAAAAAAACCUGUGCCUUUCACACUUAAGAAUAGGCUUUGUAUUCUGAAAAUAAGAUUGAAGAGUUGGAAAGAGACUCCCUUAUAAAUGCUGUGACUUGCCAAAGGCCUUACCAGUAGUAAGUAGCAGAAUAGUUUGACUCCACAUUCAGUGAUAUGCUGUAUCACACCUUUUCAGUUUACUAUCCUGUGAUUACAAGAUGGACCUCCUUUACAACAGCUAAGAGAUUCUGUCCUUUCUGUAUAAUAGAUUUCAGCUUCCAUUUCAGAGCUUGUUUUGUUUCCAGUGAAGAGGACAAAUAGGUGCCCGAGUUCAUUCUAGUAACUGGAAGUAAUUGUAAAUAAUAGUAGUGCAAAUAGAACCUAGGAUAAGUUAUUAGGACUUCAUACUUUUCUAGGUAUUUGUUACUGUUUGAUACUGUGUCCUCAUUUAUUCUUAGUAAACCUUUUUGACAGUUCUUUAUUAAAAGGCCUAUAAUUAAUCCAGGA